AUGGCCCCAGAGCCCAUCUCGCGCGCAACUUCCACCGCCUCAACACUCUCCUUUGCCUCGCACGCCCACUCGCAUCCCCACUCUGCCGACUAUGAGGACUGGGAGAACCUCAAGGAGCUCUUUGCCCGCGCCGCAGAGCGCUACGAUGCCGACGAUCUACCAGAGGCCGUCGCACUUCUCCGCGCCGUCCUUCGUGAAUGCCACCGCUUUCUCAUCGACCACCCCGACCCGUCCGCCGUCUACACCGAUCCCGGCUGCCAUCUCCCCUCCCGCUCGCCAGAGACGAUAACCCCCACCGAGGAGCGCUUUCGUCGUGACUGGGGCGCAGAGUCGGAUCCCUUUGGUACCCGGUCCCGCCGUCGCUCGUCGACUGCCCCUCGUCCGUCCGAGCUUCCAACCGCCUUCCAUGCCAUCUUCGGCAUUGCCCUCUUUCUCAUGGGCAGCCUCGUCUCUCAGGAUUCGUCCAUCGUCCUCGACGGCGAGCCCGACUCUCCCUCAACAUACUGGCUCGCCGCCCUCGACGUCUUCGAGACCGGCGAGAACCUACCCAGCCGCGUCGGCGGCUCCUCCUUUGACACCGCCGAGGACUGGCGCAUGGCCAUCGUGUGGGGCCGCACCCUCGUCUCCCUCGCGGACGAAAAGGUGACGCACAACAUUAAGGCCGCCAAGGCCACCGCCGCCUCCAUCGCCGCCACCGGCAUUCCCGACUACAGCGCCGUCCCUGCCAUCGCCGGCUCCCCCUUUUCCAUGUCGGAACCGCAGUGGCCUCCGUCCUCGCCCUUCCACGCGAUCGCCAAGUUCCGACCCCCGGUAACGCGCCGCAUGUCCCUCUACUCGGCGAGCGCGCACGACAUCAUGACGCUCGCUAUGGACCAGUUCUCGCGCGGGAUCUUCCACAUGCCGCACGCCCACUACUCGCACGCCCACAACCCGUCCUUCAUCCACACUCCGUUUCAGCCCGCUGCGCUCGCCUCCGCCUCGCCUUCGCAAUCCACAGGCCACUUCACCAGCCCCGCCUCUCACGCCCACUCGUCCCCCUCGCCCUUGAUGGGCUCAUCCACGGGCUCCUCCGGCCCCGCCGACCCGCUCCUCUCCUUCUCCCGCCCCAAAGAGCUCUUCACGAUCGCGUCCGAGGUGCUCGGCGUCGCCGAACGCCUCGCCACGCCCACCGAGCGCCAGUACUGGGCCGCGUGGGCGGACUCGGUGUUCAACCAGAUGAAGAACGAGGCGGACAUGGAUGCCUGGCGCGCGCCCAUUCUUUCCGCCCGCGGCCGCUGCUGGCUCGUCAUGGGCUCCGCACCCGUCGAGGACAUGGAGAGCGCGCUCGAGCGCGGCGACGCGCGUGUCCUGCACAGCGCCGAGGCCGAGGAGGCGCGCGAGGGUCUCGCUAUGGCCGUCUCAUUCUUCGAGCGCGCCCGCGGGUCGAGCCUCGGCCUGGGCCGGACCGGACCGGGCCAGGCGGCCGCAGCCGGAGGCGAAGGCGAGGAGGACGUGGGCCCGCUGCUCGCAGAGGCGCUCCUCGUGCUCGCGAACCUGACGGCGGACGAGAACAAGCGGGAGGAGCUGUACGCGCGCGCACAGACGGAGGCGGGCAUCUUCGACCUCGGCCUGCACGAUGGGGGUUUGGGGUAG